UCGAUUUUCUUCUCUCAUCUCUCUUUCUCCAUCUCCAUCCCACAUACGUUACUCUUCACCUUGGUCGAAUAGGCUGUUAGAGUGGCUCUGGGCCUCAUACAGUCGUUCGCAACUACGCAUUCCCCAGUGCUGCUGACUGGCAACAUCCAAGCGUUCAUCCACUGUGCCACAUUCGUUCUUCUAUACCUAGCGUGCAUCCCCCACAUACUCUCGUUACUCGACAUCCUCUUAUCUUCAUCGUAUAUCCUCUCUGUAAAGGCCAAAAAAUUAUCCCCUCUCUCGCUUUCUUCUCGCUCGUUCCACCCAUAGUUCCUCCUUAUUGAUCCUCAAUCCAGCCAUGGACGCCAGGCCAUCCAGAAGGGCCAUGGCUCAUGCUGCUGGCAUCUUUGCAGACAUGUCUGUCGACGGACCUCCCAUCGGAACAUUAGUGAUUAUUGUUGAUCGUGCCAAAAACUUGCCUAAUCGGAAAACAAUGGGCAAACAAAAUCCUUACUGUGCCGCCCGCCUGGGUAAAGAGGCCAAGAAGACAGAAACUGAUCUUCGUGGUGGCCAGACCCCUCGAUGGGACCAAGAGCUUCGGUUCACCGUUCAUGAAUCUCCAGACUACUUCAAGCUCAAGGUGUCUGUGUUUAACGAUGACAAGAAGACCGAUCUUAUCGGCGAAACCUGGAUCGAUCUCAAAGAUUUGAUCAUCCCUGGUGGCAGCCAAAAUGAUCACUGGCAUCCUUUGCAGCAUCGUGGGAAAUACGCAGGCGAAGUACGUCUUGAAAUGACCUACUACGACACACGGCCGGAGGAUGAGGCUGUCAUCGAACGACGAACCAUGGGAACUGAGAAAGUUCACACCAGAAAAAGUAUGCCUUCGGCACCAAAUGUCACUGCGCCAUCGUCGUCUUCGUCCUCUGGUCUUUCAGGGCCUAGACAGUUGAAGGAUGUCAAGAGACGUCCCCUGCCCACCGAUCCAACUAGAGCACGUCCUUCCUACCCCGAAAAGGUACCAUCAGCUCCGGUGCCUCAGGCCCCUACGCGACCGGCCUACCACGAACCCACACAGUCCGCUCCCGUCGUAGCAAACAAUGCACGACCGAUUCACCUUCACGGGCAUCCUGAAUGGACUUACGAGACACCUGGCGAUGUUCAGAACUGGAGCUCGUCUCAUGCUCACGGACCGGCGCCAACUCAGAUGAAGUCCCAGGACUACUAUUACCACUCCCGUGAUAACCAAACAGACGCUGUUCGUCAGGAAGUUCCACCGACCGGCUCGACCAAUCCACUUAACCUACAAAUGCGCAACGAAAUCCCACCUUACUUGAGCAAUCCUCUUUCUCAACAGUCUCAAGUUACCGAGGAAAAUAUGCGUCCACAAAAACACAAAGGCAACUAUCCAUUCUCUUCAUCUGAACAGUAUGUAAGCAAUCUGUCGCACACUGGGCUUGGUCACUACGCAAGUCAAGCACCUCCGAGCUCGUCUUCCACCACUUCAAGCAUCAUGCCGAUAUCAAGUGCCUCGAACGUACCAACUGCAUCGAGCAGCUCAGAUGGUGGAAGCGCAGUCUAUCCCAGUUCUCACAAAAGUGCUUACUCGAGCGAGCCAAGCACGGUUCAUCCUUACCCUCAUACCUACACAAAUAGCAGCUCCUAUAGCCAGUCUACCGACUACAGCUCCGAAAAUUAUUCAGAAUUUAGUGAUAUGGGACCCAGCGCGGUCACCCCAGUUUAUUACGGCAAAAGCAUCAGCGAAGGUGGGCGUCCCAUCCCUCAGUAUGUGUGGGCAAGAAUGCAGCCUCGGGUCGAGGACGAGGACGAUGAGAACAACUUCCCACCUCCGCCACCAGCCCAUAGGGUCAAGCUCGUUCAUGUCAAGAAUAUAAGACCCCCUUCGCUUGUGUCAACUGCAUCUGGCCAUCCAUCAGUCUCUUCUGGUCUUCCUUCCAACUACACAACAGCUACGACCGCAGUUGACAGUGAGAUGAUGAGUGUGGUCGCUAGAAACUCAAAUCCACUCUUUGAACAUCAGGAUAGACCUUCUUCUUCGAGUGGUGCCUCUGUGCCACCUAGUCUUGUUGCUGGCCUCGACCCGGUCAUUGCUGACGCAGAGUCGGAUCGGGUCGCAUAUGAAAGGGAAGCACGACGCCGAAGCGGUAUUUUCGAAGAAAAUCCACUGAGAAACCCUCCACGUGAUUUCUCUCCAGCACCACCAUAUCCUUUGGAUACUCCACCCUUGGACAGUCACAGCUCUAUUGUGAGCCAUUCGUCCAUCAGCUCCAGUUCCGAUAGGCAGCUGGUACCACGCCGCAAAUCGGUCAGCCCCCGGCCUCCAAGUAUGAAAGAGCGCGGCGUAUCUCCUACUCCGUUCUCUCCAGAUUCGUAUGACGCUCUGAAUCCAAACGCGUCACGGUCUGUGAUCACACGCGAUGCAGCCCACGCUUACGAAACACCUUCCCAGGCAAUGGAGGUAGCGAAGCGUGGCGACAUGGACACCACUCGAGACAUGGGUCCAAUUAUUGGAGACGAUGGUCGCGAAAUUGACCCGUCUGACCAUCUCCCUACAGACACCUGGGCACCUGAGCCCGAACGCAAGACAAAGAAGCCUGGCGUCGUUGUACGCUUUCGAAACCCUGCUCAUCGGGCCAAUCCCUCCACACGACCCACUACCGAUGGCACAGUUGAGCGUGGGUUCGGCAUCCGACGUCUGCCAGCAUAUCUGGAUGGGGCAUCCGACAUGGAACGGACCCCUCGAUCGACACGACGCGAGCACAGCCGCGGUCGUGAGGAGUAUAACAGUCAUGGACACACCCAAAUUUAUAGUUCGUCGAGCCCAAGUUCCCAUGGGCACGUGACACAUCGCAAAUCGGUCUCUCCGGCACCAUCUCACUCUCCCUCGCGCAUGUAUGCGCCUACCAACAUUGGACCACCUAUUCCUUCUAAAGUUCCUAUCGCACAGGCGAUGAAUCAGAGCUAUCCUGUCCUUGGUGGCAAUAUGGGCAUGGACGCCCUCAGUCGAGAGUUGAACUCUAUCGAUAUCGGAUCUGUGGGUUGCAGCGGUGGUAACCGCAGCUUGAAGAAGUACGCACCCAAGACCAUGGGAUAUGCAGUUUAGAUAGAUCUUUUCUUUCUUUUUUUUUUUACCUUUUCUAUUGUUCUUGAUUACGAGGAUUGGAAUUUGGGAACGGGGCUUGUUAGUUAGUUAGUUUAGUAGUGGGUUGGUAAGGGGUUCGGUUGGGUAGUCAAUGGUUAGGUUAGUUAGAUAUAUGGAGUUUGGAAAGGCUCUGUGGGGACGGAAAGUGGUUAUGGAGUUAUGGUAUCGGGACUCUGGAGACUUGCAUGUUUUCUUUAGGAUAGAAUUGUCCUUCCAAUGAUCAGAAUCA